AAGAGAAUGAGUGUUUUGUGGUGCAAGAAAGUGGUCAUCAUGGGCAGCUAAAGCCUUGCGGAAUCCUGCGACCACAAACCUUAAAGAAGAUGCCAAAAUUGGGAGAGAGGGAAAAACGUCGUGCUCCUACCGACUUGCAAAAACAAGUAACUGCAUCAAUAUCAGACACAUUACGGAUGAUGGAACAACAUGGCUCUGCCCUUCCAGUAGUUAGAAGACCGUCACUGAUUGCUAGAAUUUCGGCACAUAUCUUUAGUUCUGAAUCAUUCUUGGAGCAUGUGCCAACCAAAGGAGGUGAUAGUGGUGGUGUAGUAGCUGGUGGAGGAGGUGGUGUUGUUUGUGGUGGAGGCGGUGGUAAAGUUUGUGGAGGAGGUGGCGGUGGUGAGAUUGUUGGUAAUGGUCCAGGACAGCUAAAGCCUUGUGGAAUCCUACGACCACAAACUUUGAAAAAGUUGCCGAAAUUCGGAGAAAGAGAAAGAGGUCGUGCUCCUACCGACUUACAAAAACAAGUAACUGCAUCAACAUCAGAGACAUCACGGACGAUGGAACAACAUGGCUCUGCUCUUCCAGUGGUUAGAACACCGCCACUAAUUGCUAGAAUUUCGGCACAUAUCUUUAGUUCGGUAUCAUUCUUGGAGCAUAUGCCAACCAGAGGAGGUGAUAGUGGUGGUGUAGUAGCUGGUGGAGGAGGUGGUGUUGUUUUUGGCGGAGGCGGUGGUAAAGUUUGUGGAGGAGGUGGCGGUGGUGAGAUUGUUGGUGAUGGUCCAGGACAGCUAAAGCCUUGUGGAAUCCUACGACCACAAACUUUGAAAAAGUUGCCGAAAUUCGGAGAAAGAGAAAGAGGUCGUGCUCCUACCGACUUACAAAAACAAGUAACUGCAUCAACAUCAGAGACAUCACGGACGAUGGAACAACAUGGCUCUGCUCUUCCAGUGGUUAGAACACUGCCACUAAUUGCUAGAAUUUCGGCACAUAUCUUUAAUUCUGAAUCAUUCUUGGAGCAUGUGCCAACCAAAGGAGGUGAUAGUGGUGGUGUAGUAGCUGGUGGAGGAGGUGGUGUUGUUUGUGGCGGAGGCGGUGGUAAAGUUUGUGGAGGAGGUGGCGGUGGUGAGAUUGUUGGUGAUGGUCCAGGACAGCUAAAGCCUUGUGGAAUCCUACGACCACAAACUUUGAAAAAGUUGCCGAAAUUUGGAGAAAGAGAAAGAGGUCGUGCUCCUACCGACUUACAAAAACAAGUAACUGCAUCAACAUCAGAGACAUCACGGACGAUGGAACAACAUGGCUCUGCUCUUCCAGUGGUUAUAACACCGCCACUAAUUGCUAGAAUUUCGGCACAUAUCUUUAGUUCGGUAUCAUUCUUGGAGCAUAUGCCAACCAGAGGAGGUGAUAGUGGUGGUGUAGUAGAUGGUGGAGGAGGUGUUAUAGUUUGUGGAGGAGACAACGGUGGUGGUAAGGUUUUUGGAGGAAGUGGCGGUGGUGUGGUCGCUAGUGGAGGUGGUGGUGUGGUGAAGCCUCUGGGAAUCCUGCGUCCACAAGCCCUACAAAGGAUAAUGAUAUUGGGAGAAGGAGUGGGAGAAGGAGUGGAACGUCGCGCUCUCACCAAAUCACAUAGGCAAGCAGCUGCUUCAGCAUCAGAUAGAUCGCGAAUUAGGGUACAACAUGGUUGUGCCAAUCGAAAAUCUAAGAAAUUGCCAAAAAAUCUUAGGACAUUGGAACAUCUCCUUAUUUGGUUGGCAUUCCUGGGACAUGUGCCACGUGGGGGAGGUGGUGGUGGAUAUCUUGGAGGAGGAGGUGGUGGUUGGGAUCUCGGAGGAGGAAGUGGUUGUGAGUUGUUUGGUGGAGACGGUGGUGGUGGUGUUGUUGGUGGAGGCGACAAUGGUGUAGUUGGAGGACGCACUGGUGGAUUUACCGGUGGUGUGUUUGGUGGAAGCGUUGGUGGAAUUUGUGGUGGUGUGGUUGGAGGUAUCUGCGGUGGUGUGUUUGGUGGAAGCGUUGGUGGAGUUUGUGGUGGGGUGUUUGGAGGAGUUUCAGGUGGUGUGGUUGGAGGUGUCUUCGGUGGUGUGUUUGGUGGAAGUGUUGGUGGAGUUUGCGGUGGUGUGUUUGGAGGAGUUUCCGGUGGUGUGGUUGGAGGUGUUUCCGGUGGUGUGCUUGGUGGAAGUGUUGGUGGAGUCUCUGGUGGUGUGUUUGGAGAAGUUUCCGGUGGUGUGGUUGGAGGUAUCUCCGGUGGUGUGUUUGGUGGAAGCGUUGGUGGAGUUUGCGGUGGUGUGUUUGGUGGAGUUUCCGGUGGUGUGGUUGGAGGUGUUUCCGGUGGUGUGCUUGGUGGAAGCGUUGGUGGAGUCUCUGGUGGUGUGUUUGGAGAAGUUUCCGGUGGUGUGGUUGGAGGUGUCUCCGGUGGUGUGUUUGGUGGAAGUGUUGGUGGACUAUCCGGUGGUGUGGUUGGAGGUGUUUCCGGUGGUGUGCUUGGUGGAAGCGUUGGUGGAGUCUCUGGUGGUGUGUUUGGAGAAGUUUCCGGUGGUGUGGUUGGAGGUGUGUUUGGUGGAAGCGUUGGUGGAGUAUCUGGUGGUGUGUUUGGAGGUGUUUCCGGUGAUAUGGUUGGAGUUGUCUCCGGUGGUGUGUUUGGUGGAAACGUUGGUGGAGUAUCUGGUGGUGUGUUUGGAGGAGUUUCCGGUGGUGUGGUUGGAGGUGUUUCCGGUGGUGUGCUUGGUGAAAGUGUUGGUGGAGUUUCUGGUGGUGUGUUUGGAGAAGUUUCCGGUGGUGUGGUUGGAGUUAUCUCCGAUGGUGUGUUUGGUGAAAGCGUUGGUGGAAUAUCCGGUGGUGUGUUUGGAGGUGUUUCCGGUGAUGUGGUUGGAGUUGUCUCCGGUGGUGUGUUUGGUGGAAGCAUUGGUGGAGUAUCUGGUGGUGUGUUUGGAGGUGUUUCCGGUGGUGUGGUUGGAGUCGUCUCCGGUGGUGUGUUUGGUGGAAGCGUUGGUGGAGUAUCUGGUGGUGUGUUUGGAGGUGUUUCAGGUGAUGUGGUUGGAGUUGUCUCCGGUGGUGUGUUUGGUGGAAGCGUUGGUGGAGUAUCUGGUGGUGUGUUUGGAGGUGUUUCAGGUGGUGUGGUUGGAGGAUUUUCCGGUGGUGUGUUUGGUGGAAGCGUUGGUGGAGCAUCUGGUGGUGUGUUUGGAGGUGUUUCCGGUGAUGUAGUUGGAGGUGUCUCCGGUGGUGUGUUUGGUGGAAGCGUUGGUGGAGUAUCUGGUGGUGUGUUUGGAGGUGUUUCCGGUGGUGUGGUGGGUGGACGCGUUGGUAAAACUUCCGUAGGUGGUGUGGCUGGUGGACUCGAGGGUGGAGUCUGUGGGGUCACGGUUGGUGGAGGUGGUGGUGCUGGACAAAUACAUACUGGACAUGGUGGCGGAGGAAAGCGUGGGGGAGGUGGGCGGAGAUAGGGACGGUUUUGGGCUUGGGUUUGGCCGAAGAGAAGAAUGCUGAUCAGUGUAAGGAAGAGGGCUAAGGUUUUUGUUGAACCCUUUGGGGCCAUUUUGUUCUUAGGCAAUCUUUGUCCUCACAAAAAGGAAACUGUACGGAAACUUGUGAAUUG